CCCGGCGGGCGGCGGGCGGGCAUAGAGGCGUCGGCGCUGGGCCUGUGCUGGCUGCCUGCUUUCUGGGUCUGGGGGCUCGGCUCGGGGGGCGAUGCCGGCGCUGCUGGAGCGGCCGAAGCUGAGCUCGGCCAUGGCCCGCGCCUUGCACCGGCACGUCAUGGUCGAGCGGGAGCGGAAGCGGCAGGAGGAAGAAGAGGUGGACAAAAUGAUGGAGCAGAAGAUGAAGGAGGAGCAAGAGAGGCGGCGGAAGAAGGAGAUGGAGGAGCGCAUGUCCCUGGAGGAAACCAAAGAGCAGAUCCUGAAGCUGCAGGAGAAGCUCCUGGCUCUUCAGGAGGAGAAGCACCAGCUCUUCCUGCAGCUGAAGAAGGUUCUCCACGAGGAAGAGAAGCGCCGCCGCAAAGAGCAAAGCGACAUGACGACGUUGACUGCAGCAGCCUACCAGCAGGGCAUGGCCGUCCACGCGGGGACCCACAUCCUUAACAUGCAAGGGAGCCCAGGGGGGCACAACCGGGCCGGUACCCUGAUAUCAGCCGACAGAGCCAAGCAGAUGUUUGGACCCCCUGUUAUCACAACGCAGCACUUCGCUCCUCAGCCGGCGUUCCCCGCCGGCGCUCCUGAGCACGGGCAGUACCAGAGCAGCCAAUCCGGCCACAGCCCCUAUGCCGUGGGUCAGAGCCAACACACCGUGCCAGUAAGCUAUGCCAGCAGCCAGUCCAUCAGAGGUCCUUCUGCGUUCCCGACCAUGCAGUACUUAUCUCAGCAGCAGCCGGGCUACGCCAUCCACAGCCACUUUCCUACUGCCCAACCAGGUUUCAUCCCACCGAGCACCACCAUCCCGCUCCAGAAGCAGCUGGAACAUGCCAACCAGCAGUCAGGUUUCACAGAUUCGUCAACCCUCCGCCCGAUGCACCCGCAGGCGCUACACCGCAAUCAGGGGCUCCUGCCAGCCCCUCAAAUCCCUGUCCAGAUGCAAACAGCUGCAAAGCCCACCCUGGCCUACACCCACCCAGCUCGCCCAGCUUCCCCGGGCAGCUUCUCCCACGGGACUGCCCCCCAGCAGCCGCACACGUCUGGAUUCCAAGCUUCUCCCCAGCCGGCCCCCCGCCACCCCUUUAUCCAGCACCCUCAAGGCCAGCGUUUCUACCACAAGUGGAGCCUAACCAGCUGCUUUGCUUCGGAUGCUCCCAGCGCUUCCCAAAAAAAAAAAACAUGAAGAAAGCCUUUAUUUCUCUGUGCAAGACUGAAAUGCAGUGUUCCUUUUUGAUUGCUCUUUGCUCUCUCUGUCUAAGAGUAUGUUUCGGCGUACUCCCGGGUUAGUUCCAAGCUUUUUCUGUGCUCUGUCUCUGAUUCUCAGUGUGGCCCCUCUUUAAUUGGCUCACCCAGCUCAGUUGUGACUCUUGUAUGGGACUGUCUGUCGGGAGUGCUUUGACGGUGUGUUCCUGCAUUGCUGGGCGUUGGACUGGAUGGCCCUUGGGGUCUCUUCCAACUCUGUGAUUCUAUGAUACUGGGAGUCCUUGGCUCCUUAAAGCAAAGAGCUCCAGGGCAUAAUACAAAUACUUUUGCUCGACA